AUGGUCUCCUGUCCUAUCUGCGCCAAUUCCGUCCCAUCCCUCAAGAUCAACGACCAUAUCGAUUCCGGUUGCCAAAGCUUCGUGGAAGAAUCCUCGCCUCCCUCGACCGCGCCCUCGACCGACCCGGAACCCUCCCAGAAACCCCAGGUUCCCACCUUUUUCCAACCGACCUCGGCCCGGAAAGCAUCGGCGCAGUCGAAGCUCCAGUCUGAAUUUCAGGCGGACGCCUCCCCACUCCGUAAUGCCAGCCGCAAGCGACCCGUGACCCAGGAUGCGGCUUCCACUUCGCCCGCAGGCGUCAAUAGCGCCGGAAAGUCAGAGACACCGCAGGAUGCACCGACCAAAAAACCGAGGAUGAACGCCCUACAACAGGCCGCUCCGCUGGCGGAGCGGAUGCGCCCGCGCACACUCGACGAGGUUUGCGGCCAGGACCUCGUCGGCCCGAACGGCAUCCUCCGCGGGUUGAUCGAGUCGGAUCGGGUUCCGAGCAUGGUGCUCUGGGGGGGCCCGGGCACGGGCAAGACCACCAUUGCGCGUGUUAUUGCCACCAUGGUGGGCAGCCGGUUUGUCGAGAUCAAUAGUACGAGCACCGGGGUGGCGGAGUGCAAAAAGAUUUUCGGCGAGGCGCGCAGCGAGCUGGGGCUGACGGGGCGCAAGACCAUCAUCUUCUGUGACGAGAUCCAUCGCUUCUCCAAGUCCCAGCAGGACGUCUUCCUCGGCCCGGUGGAGAGCGGCCAAGUGACUCUGAUCGGGGCCACGACGGAGAAUCCCUCGUUCAAGGUGCAAAGUGCGCUGCUGUCCCGGUGUCGCACGUUCACGCUGUCCAAGCUGACGGACGCGGACGUCAAGUCCAUCCUGGAGCGGGCCCUGCGGGUGGAGGGGCCGAGCUACACGCCGUCGGCCCUGGUGGACGACGAGCUGAUCCAGUAUCUGGCUAACUUCUCCGACGGGGACGCUCGGACGUCCUUGAAUCUCCUCGAGUUAGCCAUGGAUCUGUCGCGGCGCCCGGACAUCAGCAAAGAGGAGCUGAAGCGCUCCCUGACCAAAACCUUAGUCUACGACCGGGCUGGAGACCAGCACUACGACACUAUCUCGGCCUUUCACAAGUCCAUUCGCGGGAGCGAUCCAGACGCCUCCCUCUACUACCUCGCGCGGAUGAUCCAGUCCGGGGAAGAUCCGCUGUACAUCGCGCGGCGACUCAUCGUGGUUGCCUCGGAGGACAUCGGGCUAGCGGACCACAGCAUGCUCACGCUCGCCAUAUCGACACACUCAGCGGUGGAAAAGAUCGGGCUGCCCGAGGCGCGCAUUAACCUCGCGCAUGCCACGGUCGCCAUGGCGCUGUCCAAGAAGAGCACCCGGUCGUACCGCGCUCUCAACAACGCCUUUGCGGCGCUGGCGGAGCCGGGUGUGGCGGGGCUCCCCAUUCCCAUCCACCUCCGGAAUGCGCCGACGCGACUGAUGAAGGAAUUGGGGUAUGGGAAAGAAUACAAGUACAACCCUAAUUAUGUAGACGGGCAGGUGGCGCAGGAGUAUCUGCCGGAGGACCUGCAGGGGCGGAGAUUCCUCGAAGACCGGGACCUAGGGGAUCGGAUUGACCCUGGUGUGAGAUACCGAGAUAGUCAACAGCGGCAGAGACUGACCGCUCUCCGCGUCGCGUCAAAACAAUCAAAUCCUCCAUCGCCGGCGUCAAUCCGCCAGUGUCAAUCUCUCCAACCAGUCACCCUCCCCACUUUCACUGCUCUACACGAGCACCUCAUUAAUCUCCGAUCCUCGAUUCUGAUCGCCUUAUCUUCACUCUAUCCACACCACACACCCCUCAACCAACCAACCCAACAAACAGCCCGAUCGGUUCAAACACAGCAACAGCAAACAACACACACAAUGGCAACCCAACCAGGGUUCCAUCAAUCCUACGCCGGUCCAAUCUCCGGACCAGGCACCGGCCGAGGUCUCUCCAGCAACCGACUCCCCGACCGAUCCCUCAACGCCAACGCCGCGACCGCACCCUUCGCCUCGUCGACCUUCGGCCGCGGCCGCAUGAUGACCUCCACCAUCGACUACGCCGACCAAGGCGCAGGACCAAAGUCCUCCCAGCAAGCGCCCUCCGCACCCGCGCUCCACACACAGAGCGCGCCGGCCGCCGCCGCAGAGAACCCGCUCAGUCGGUUGACCGAGGAGCAGCGGGAGGAGAUCAGCGAAGCGUUCACACUCUUCGACCUCGACCGCGACCGCCACCUCGACUACCACGAGCUCCGCGUCUCCUUCCGCGCGCUAGGCUUCACCCUCCCCAAGCAAGAACUCAUCGCGCUACUCAAAACCUACGGCGUGCCGCGCCCGCAAGUCCAACAAGCGCAGUCGCAGUCCGGCGCCGCCGCGAAGCCACCCAGCACGGCAGCAGACGCGUCGCACCCGUCGAACCUCCUCAUGCCGCUCAGUGAGUUCCAGGCCGUGACGGCGCAUAAGAUCCUCGAGCGGGAUCCGCGCGACGAGAUCAUGCGGGCGUUUGAGCUGUUCGACGAGGGCGGUAAGGGGUUCAUCGAUAUUGAGGACUUGCGACGGGUGGCGCGGGAGCUGGGCGAGACGGGCCUCGAGGAGGAUGAGCUUCGGGCGAUGAUUGAGGAGUUUGAUCUUGAGGGGAGCGGUGGGGUGAGUAGGGAGGCGUUUGUGGGGAUUUGUUGGCAGUGAUUUCUUUCUUUCUUACUUUCUUUCUUUCUUACAUUUUGCUUUCCGCUUUUUUUCCCGCUGUCUUUUUGGUUGGUUGUUGGUUGUUUGUUUGCAUUGCUCGAUCCAUUAUCAUCUGCGUCCUUGGGAAGGAGUGUGUGCAUAUCAGGCUGUAUAUUUUAUCUUGUCCCCCACCACUUUCCAUGGGGGGUUUUCUUGCCAUUGGUGUCUGCAUCUGUCGAUAUCACUACUUACUAUACUAGGUACAUACCUACCUACAUACCUACAUGUCUCCCUCGUUAGGGAGGAAUGUCCAGCACAGCAAUAAUGAACUUAUGACUGUCUAUUACCCGUCAGAUGUAUAUAUCGGCAUGAGUUAUUCAAC